CAGGGGGCUUAAGUGGGCUACAUUUAAGGUCACACUGCGCCGGAGGCGGGCUUAUUACUUUUUAAUGCAACAAAAUUGAUACAAAUAUCACUAAAAAGUGAUAAAACAUGGAGCACGAUGCGGAGGAGCAGUCUUUUCAGCUGCAGGCAUUGGAGAUACGUGAGCCAGAUGCCGGCUUCGAUCCCCAGCUGCCGCCGCAGACCGGCGAGGAGUAUCUGAUGCAUAUGCUGUACGAACGCAAACGCUGCCCUGCUGUGGUGACCAAGCGCUCUUCGAAGAUUAAGAAAGAUGUCUCCAAUAGAGGCCUGGAGAUGCUGGAGAGCAUGCCCUUGCCACCACACAAAUGCCUGCUGCCCACGCCCGAAUGGCGCAAUGAGCAGGCAAAGAGUUUCCAGUCAGCCCGAGCCCAGGUGCUCGCGAUGCGUGAAGAGUUGACGGCCCACAACUAUGACCAAUCCGCGGAGCCGCCACUGACCUCUGACAUCGUCAAGUGGGAGGCAUUCUGCCGCGAGAAGCUGCCACUGCUUAGCACCCUGUUGCACUUGAGCCAGAGCGAUUUGGAGUAUCUGCUGGAGAUGCUCAGCCAGUGGCUGCAGGCCGAAGAAACAGUGGAUUUGCUCGUCACGGAUGCCUGGCUGGGCCGCUGGCUCUACGCCACCCUUGUCUGUCUGCAUCUGCCCCUGGAGCCGUUCGUUUUCAGCACACUGCGCGGCAUAGCCCGCUCCUGCAUCCAGCUGAGGAACAAACUGUCAGAAGAGGAGGUGAAGCGAGCAGCUCCCUACAAUCUAAUCAUAACACUGAUCGUCCAGGUCUUUGCUCAGAGCGAUCUAAAUGCGUAUCUUUAAGAUUUAUGUGCUUAGAAUCCAUACCCAUAGAAUCUAUCUAGAUUAUAGAAACUUGUUUGUGUA